UCUCUGUCUCUCUCUCCCUCUCUAAUGGCGAAAGAUCGAAACGGAAAUCUAUCAAAUAGAAAUGGCAGAGAAGAAGCCGAAGAGGAACGGAAGGGAAAGGACGAAACGCCUUCGAAGAGGGUUCACGGGAAGGGAUCCAAAAGGAGAAAGGAAGAAGUAUCUGACGAUGAGGAUUCCGACUCCGAUUCCGACAGCAGUGAAGACGAGAAGGAGCGUAGCCGAGACAGAAAGGUGAGCAGAAGCAAGCACAAGCGGAGACGGAGAAGUUCCGAUAAAAGAUCUCGAAAGCGCCGCGGAGAGGACGAUGCGUCUUCAUUGUCGCAUUCUUCUGAUUAUUCAGAUUCUGAAGAUUCCAAUACUGAUUCAAAAUCUGAUUCUUCUAAUUACUCCUCUGAGGAGAGUGAAAGUGAAGAUGAGCGGCGGCGGAGGAAGCAGAGGGAGCGGAGGAAGAGAAAGGAGAGGGAGCUUGAGAAGGAGAAACGUCGACGACGGCGAAGGGAACGUGAGAAGGAGAAGGAGAAGGACAGGAGGGGCAGGAAGAGAGAUAAAGACGAGGUGAAGAAGAAGCAUGAACAUAAGAAGAAAAAGAAAGAUAAAGGAAAGGAAGCUGGGAAGAAGGGAGCGGUGACGAAUUCAUGGGGAAAGUACGGCAUUAUCAGGGAAACCGACAUGUGGAACAAACGACCAGAGUUUACAGCAUGGUUAGCAGAGGUAAAACAGUUUGAACUGCAGGUAAACCUGGAAACUUUGCCUAAUUGGGAAGAGAAGCAAAUGUUUAAACAAUUCAUGGAGGACCACAAUACAGCUACCUUUCCUUCAAAGAAGUAUUAUGAUUUAGAUGCCUAUCACAGGCGUAAAAUGGAGAAAGAAAUGAAGAAAGGAUUUAAAAAGGGCGUGGAGACUGAGCGUAUAGUGUUCAAUGAUGAAGAACAGCGUCGACAAGAACUGCAACGAGAGCGUGAAAGACAGAAGGAUGAACAAGUGGAAACUCUGAAGCGCUCUAUGCAGAGUGGGAUGGCACAAGCUAUGAAAGAGCAAGUUCAGCUCAAAGAAGAAAUGGCUUACCAAUACAAGAUCGGCAACUUUGAGGCUGCAGCUGCAAUUCAGAGAAGAUUGGACCCAGAUGUUGCUAUGUAAGAGGCUCAUUGAUGCAAAAUGCUGUGGGUGUUUGGUGUUGGUAAUCUCUAUUGGGGAUGGUCACACUCAAAUGGGAAUGG